AACUGUCACCCAAUGCCGGUGAAAACCGGUCCUUUGACAUGUCUCAAGAUUCCAGCCUGGUGAUCACGGACUUUUUCUCAGGCAUCUUAUCAGAUGGGGGUCUGGUGCGGCUCCGGAAUGCCCAGCUACAGCGGCUGCGCUAUGCGGUGGAAAUGCCGCGGGCGGAAGGACUGGACGUGGCAGAUUCGGUGCUGGAAGAUGUCAGCGAAUUGGCCUUUUCCUGUGGCACCUGUCAACACCUGGCGCUGCGGCGCAUCGUGGCCCGCAGAGUGGGCGCCCUGCUGCGGGCGGCGGAACUGAAGAAGUGGAGCCUGCAAGAUGUGCAGGCGCGCUGCUCCCAGCGGAGUCAAGUUGCUUGCGUCCAGCUUGCCUCUGCGCUGGUCUUUCUGGACCCAGAGCCCUGGCGCUUGGAGAACAUUUCUCUGGAAGCGGAGAACGUGAGCUCCGACGUGGCCCCGGUCUUGCUGGAUGUGGAAGGGCCCAAGGUGAGAGGUAGCCACAUCACAGUGAGCGCCACGUGUCCAGCAGGUAGCUUCUCAUUUACACAAGAAUCUGGCAGCAGCAUCUCCAAAACCGCGGAGUUGAUGGCCAUGUUCGAGAUGAUGAGAGGCGCCGAAUCGCCCGCCGAGAACGGCCUGGCCGCCGGCCCGACGUGUUGCGCCUCCACGCGGACCCUGCCGCGGACGCAACGCUUCCUGAAACGAACCUUUGACUUUGACUUUGGCAUCAUCCCAGACAUGAACAUCUCCUGCGAUCCAGCAACGUAUCCCUGCGUGUGCACCACGAACAUCUGCGACCGUCAAAUACUGAAGACCUACUUGGUCUCAACCCGUGUGAGCUGCAUGUCAUGUCCCAUGGGACAGUACUCCUUGACGCCGUAUACGCGCGCGCUGACGGGCGAUGACUCAGGUUUGCUGGGCUCGUCCGGUAGCGUAUUGGAAGGCGACUGCUUGAGCUGCGCGGACGUGGUCACGCAGGUGGGCAAGAUGCCGAACUGUGCUGGGCGAAGUGUUCGAGUGCCUCGAGGGCUGAUGGCGCUGAGAGGUAACACCAGGCAUGGCCUGCGCUUCUACCGCUGUCCCAAUGCGGGGGCCUGCCCCGGAGGCG